AUGUCACCUAACCGCUUAGACGACCUGGACGUUGCACCAUUGUCUGAAUCAUUUGAAGUAACCAGGACCUACAACGCUGACCAAUUCCCAAACAAAGUCAAUCUUGGUCAAGGUGUCUAUCGUGAUGAUAACGCCCAGCCAUGGGUUCUGCCAAGUGUUCAAGCCGCGGAAGAGACUCUUCACAAUGAACAUGGCAAUCACGAGUAUCUCCCCAUCUCUGGCCAUGACCAAUUUAACAAAAGGGCCAGGGCGCUUCUGUUUGGUAGCGAAAUUCAUGACAGCUACAACAUCUGCACCGUACAGACAGUAGCAGGAACAGGAGCAAACCACCUCGCUGCUCUAUUCUGUGCGCAGAUUCUUCAUUCAAAGAACGUAUUCAUCUCCGAUCCGACCUGGGAUAACCACCAUGCGAUUUGGAAGACGGCCGCCCCUGGCACCACGCAGAAGCUUUACCCUUGUCAUAAUAUCUCAACGUGCACUUUCGAUUUCAAGAGAAUGAUAGCUGAGCUCGAGAACUCGGCAGUGGAGAAUGAUGUUGUGGUUCUGCACGCUUGUGCUCAUAACCCAACAGGAUGUGACCCUACUCACGACCAAUGGGACAAGAUUGCCGAUGUCGUGGGGAGGAAACGUCUCUUUGUCGUCUUCGAUAGUGCCUACCAGGGCUUCGCGUCUGGUGAUCCCGAUGCAGAUGCAUGGGCCAUUCGACACUUCUACUCGAAACUCUUCGGUUCCAACAGCGGUAUUGAAAAUCCUCCGCUUGGAAUGCUCGUCUGUCAGUCCUUUUCCAAGAAUUUUGGACUCUACGGGGAGCGAAUUGGGGCACUUCAUCUCGUCACUCCUCCGGGCGUUUCUCCUAGCGGUGCUUACACACAGUUGAUCGCAUUGAUUCGCUCCAUAGUCUCGUGCCCUUCCUUGUUUGGGGCUAGAGUUGUAAAUACCAUUCUCUCUGAUGCUGAGCUGUAUGCACAGUGGAAGGAAGAUGUGGUAACCAUGUCAUCGCGCAUCCGAGAUAUACGACUGGCCCUGAGGCUCGAGUUGGAGAAGAUCAAUACUGAGGGUGAUUGGUCUCACAUUACUCGACAGAUUGGCAUGUUCAGCUAUACCGGGCUCUCGGAGGCGCAAGUUCAAAGAUUGCGAGAGGUGCAUCAUGUCUACAUGCUGAAAAAUGGGCGGAUGAGUCUGAGUGGCUUGAAUGCGAAGAAUGUCGGGUAUGUGGCUUGUGCAAUCAAAGAGGUAGUUGAGCAAGAACUGUAG